AAACAGCCAACCAGAAUGAGGUAGGGGUAGUACAAGAAAAGGAGUAGUGUUGUCACAAAGCACCAAUGAUUUGCAAGAAGAGGGAUAGGACUUUUUAGGCCUCUCCGAGUCUCUGUUCUACAGACAGAGCUCUAGAGCUUUGGCUAUAGAGAGGGAGGGGGAGCUGGUACUGGAUAAGAGAAGAUAGUGGAGAUAGCCGAAUGAGAGGAUUAGCAUCCAGAUUCUGAAUCUCCUAGCCCUACUGCUCAAGUGCUCAUCUUCUCCGGUUUCCAGGAGGAAUCUUCUAUAAUUUGUAUGGGAAACAAAGCUCAUUUCCUGAUUUGCCUUUUUUCCAUUUCUGGUCGAUGUGCUGUGUUUGUCCCCAUUCAGGUUUUUCCUUUCUUGUUUAUCCUUUCUCAUUUCCUGUGCAUUGAGAGGAAAAAUUCAUGAGCUGUGAUUGACAAUGAUGAUUUUACUUGAAAUCAUAUCAAAUUUCUUCUGAAUGUUCCAAGGAACUGCCUGCUAUUCGUGUCCCCCUUCACCUCUGAUGCUCUGAAAUCUGAACCUGGGGAAUGUAUGGGUUAUGUAGAUAUGUAGUAUGUGCUACAUGCAGGUAAGUAUUAGAAAUCAUCACUAAUUAAGAUCUGAUAUUCUUGGGAAACCGUACAUUUAUAUUACUUAGCCGGAGGACGUAACAUUGUGUAAAUUGCACGUAGCUCAAGCAUAGAAUGGAUUCUGUGGUCAUAAUCAAGCUUCUUCUACAUGUACAAUCUUUUUACCAGAAAUUAUUGUAUGAUCAAGUCACUGAUCAACUGAAGCAGCAUGAGCUCCCAGGCUGUUGUUGCUGUGAAACCAACCACUGCGCCAGACAAAACAGUGCAUUCUUAUGCCUGUGGAUCAACACAAUCUUCAGUUCAUAAGCUGCCGGAUGCUAAACUGGAUCACCUACGGUUUUUGGAUGAUAAUUUAUCAUCCACCAGCCAGUCAUCAAACAUCAAAACUGAGCUGAUUCGGUCGUCCAGCCUGCCAUUUAGACUUCAGAAAAGGAGCCCUCUAUCUGAUCCUGAGAGCCCGUUGUCCCACGUUUCACAGCCCAAUUUUUCAGACCCCAUGGCCUCAAAUUCUUCAACGUUUUGUACAAGUUUAUUUUCGUCAUCUUCGACAAACUCAGCACCGUGCCAGCAAAAGGGUGCUUUGCCUUUCCUGCCACCCCCUCCUAAGUGUGAGCAGCAGGUUAUCCCAGGGCAGUCAUGUAGCUCCUCCCUGCACCUCACUGGUGAUAUUGGCAAUGCUUAUGAUGAAGCUGAACACUCAGAUGAUAUGAAAGACUUCCUCAAUCUUUCUGGAGAUGCUUCUGAUGCCAGUUACCAUGGUGAAGACAAUGCAAUGGCUUUCACCGAGCAAAUGGAAUUCCAGUUCUUAUCUGAGCAGUUAGGAAUCGCCAUCACCGACAACGAGGAGAGUCCCCGGUUAGAUGACAUCUACGACACACCACCACCGCAACUGUCGUCACUUCCAGUGUCAUCCUGCUCCAAUCAGAGUCUGCACAAUCUUGGAUCUCCAGUUAAACUCCCACUUUGCUCAGCACGGUCAUCUUCUGGAUCUACAACAACUAACAAGUCAAGAUUGAGGUGGACACUGGAGCUUCAUGAGAGUUUUGUAGAGGCUGUGAACAAGCUUGAAGGACCUGAAAAGGCAACUCCUAAGGGUGUGCUGAAACUUAUGAAAGUAGAAGGUCUGACCAUCUAUCAUGUGAAGAGUCAUUUACAGAAGUAUCGACACGCAAGGUAUCUUCCAGACAUGAAAGAAGACAAGAAGGCUUCCUUGGACUGUAAGAAAGUACAGUCAGCACAGUCAGGUAGCAAUGGCAGUUAUCUGGACAAAAACAAGAACCUAGCAGAAGCUCUAAGGAUGCAAAUGGAGGUUCAGAAACAGCUUCAUGAACAGCUAGAGGUGCAGAGACAAUUGCAGCUACGGAUAGAAGAACACGCAAAAUACUUGCAUAGAAUACUGGAAGAGCAGCAGAAGGCCAGCAAUGGGGGCUCGUCCUCACUGAAAAUCUCAACAGAGCCGACUGAAUCAACGUCGAUAAAUGGAACUGCGCCUGAAGAGGCCACCACUUCUUCACCUCACCCGUCCAAGAAUAUUGCUGCCCCAGAGGCAGGUACGGAGUGCGAUUCGCCGGUGCGGAACAAGAGAGCCAAGGUUCACGGCGAUCUCGAGAGUGAGUCCCCAUGUUCAUAGCCGUCCAAUGCUUCGCCAUUGCCGGCAACUUUUAGAAGCUUUAGCACUUCUCAGUGACAGAGACUUCUCAGCGACAGAGUUGUGGCCAUGAUACAUAUACAUGGUGAUGGUAGUAUGAAACUACGAAUGAACUUGAUAUGUAUCUAUGUAUAUAAUUUUCACUUUGGGAAUUGGAAUGGCCGGCCAAAUAGGGGAAUCAAUUAGAA